CCUUGCAUCUUGACUAGCAAAGGCAACUAUCUUGCUCACAGAUAUAUCUCUGGGACUUGGGAGUCUCCUGGCUUGGGCUUUCUCACCACCUAACCAUUCAGCUGACUUUUCUCCUAUCCAGAUUUGUGGGGGACGUACUCACCAUACUAAAACUAGCACUUGUUUAAUUUCUGGCAUUUCUUCACUGCCUUGCACAACACUGAUUUUUGACAUUUUUUAGAAUUCUUGACCCACUGUAUUCCUGUAAUCAGGCUUGCAGUAAAAUGCUUAGCAAACAGUACAAUUUCCUUCCUUUCCUGCUCCUUCCGCUGCCCUCUAGAGUCUUAGAGUUGUUACCACCUUGUUCUUCUUCCAUCACUGUGUCUCUUCUGGGAAUUCAAAAUGACAGCUCUUGUGCCAUGUUUACCUCUCUUGCAUCUCUGUCUUUGCUUGAGCCCUCCCAGCAGGGUUGUUUCAAUUCUUGCCCUCCUCCUUAUUGUGCAGCAACUCAGGGUUUUGCAGUGUUUGUCUCAAAUGAUUCCCAGCCAUGACUGCAAUGAGAUUUCUUCACCAACCAGUGGGGUUCUCCAUCCCUUGCCCUCCUUCACAGCUUUGUCUCUGUCUAUGUUCCUAAUAAUCUUCAGUCUGAAGCUGGACUCCCAGUGUCCAAUUCAAUCACUAAACUUGGUGUUUUAUGCUGAGGUACUGCAUUUGAAACACAGGAGUCACAGAACGGAGAAUCUGACCCUCAAUAUCUGCUUAAAUCCAGAAACCAAAACAAAGUAUUGUGUAACCUUUUUAAAAUUCACUUAUUUAAAACAACACAGCAGUUAUCUCCACAACACCAGAAAACCUUUGGAAUCAGCAACUUGCUUUGCUAUCCAGUCAGUAGGCUAUUUUGGUGCAACAACAGACUUGACAAUUCCAUUGUCCUUUUGAAAUCUCUAAAUCUGAAAAGUGACCAGGUCAACAAAAAGGCCAGAACUUUGUAAGAUAUUUUGGGGAUGUAGUAGAAAGGAACUUUGGGUAGGUGGACACAAUGUGGAUGUAGAUAAAAAGGAAAGGGAGGGGCAAGCAGUACUGCGUUCCCUAAUAUAAAAAUUGCUUAACACACAAAUGCAGAACCUGACUGAGGACAAGAGCUAAGUCUUCUCUCUCACGGGAUUAAAGGUUGUAAAAAUGGAAGUGGUCUCCACAUCAGUUGGCAACUUUACUGUUGAUCUUUUCAACAAGCUGAAUGAGAACAACAAGGGAAAGAACAUUUUCUUCUCCCCUUGGAGCAUAUCAGCUGCUCUGGCUCUGACAUACCUGGGAGCAAAAGGAACUACAGCAACUGAGAUGGCAGAGGUCCUUCAUUUCACUGUGGGAGCAGGAGCUGAAGCUUCUUCUUCUGUGGCCAGACCUUCUCGGGGGAGACCAAAGAGAAGAAAAUUGGAUCCUGAGAACAAACAAACUGCAGAUAUUCAUUCUAGCUUCAAGAAGCUCCUGACUGCCAUCAACAAACCCAGAAGCACCUACUCCCUGAAAAGUGCCAACCGCAUUUACGUGGAAAAAACCUUCCUAUUAUUGCCUACAUACAUACAGCUCAGUAAGAACUACUACAAAGCAGAGCCACAGAAGGUUAACUUUAAGACAGCACCAGAACAGUCAGGAAAGGAAAUCAACACUUGGGUUGAAAAACAAACUGAGGGCAAAAUCAAGAAUUUGCUGGGUCCACGAGAUGUGACAAACUCCACCAAGCUGAUCCUGAUAAAUGCCAUUUACUUCAAGGCAGAAUGGGAAGUGAAAUUUAAGGCAGAAGAUACACAGCUGCAACCCUUCCGACUGAGCAAGAACAAGACCAAGCCUGUAAAGAUGAUGUACAUGAGAAAUACAUUUCCAGUUCUCAUCAUGGAAACAAUGAAUUUCAAAAUGAUUGAGUUGCCAUAUGUGAAACGUGAACUCAGUAUGUUCAUCCUCCUUCCUGAUGACAUCAAAGACAACACCACGGGUCUCGAACAGCUGGAAAGAGAACUGACAUAUGAGAAGCUGUCCGAAUGGACUGACUCCAAGAAGAUGACUGAGACUCUUGUGGACCUGUACCUACCUAAAUUCAAAAUGGAAGAGAGAUAUGACCUCAGUGAUAAUCUGGUCAGGAUGGGAAUGCGCAGUGCCUUCAGCAGCAAUGCUGAUUUCAGUGGAAUGACAGAGGAGAGAGUGAUGAUCUCCAAGGUUUUCCACAAGUCUUUUGUUGCAGUUGAUGAGAAGGGCACUGAGGCAGCUGCUGCUACUGCUGUCAUUAUAGAACUAACAAGUGCACAUGUUAGCCAUGUUCUGAAAUUUAGGGUUGACCACCCUUUCUACUUUUUCAUCAGACACAACAAGUCCAAGAGCAUCCUUUUUUUUGGUAGAUUCUGCUCUCCUCUUGAAUGAAUAAUUACUUGCUCUCAGACAGCAACCAAGGUUCACUGUUCAAUGGAAAAAAUGUGAACUGCGGUGCUAAAAUCUCAACCUUAAGCCAUGUAGCCACCUGUACUGAAGUACCUGUUCUUUUUCUUCCACCCAACCCCCCUCAAAGAAGGCAGCAAACAGAAACUAUCCUGAGCCACCAAAGAACAGCCCUCUACUGCUUCUUUCUCUUGUCCUAACGAGACAGUCCUAAACAGAAAAGAAAGCAAAGAAUUUUGCUCCCUUUUAUCAAAUCUGCUCUUCUGGCUUUGUUGUUUAAAAGUAAGGUGGAGUCAUAAAAGCUCUCUGCACACAGGCCAUCAUCUAGCCCUAUGUCAAAUGCUGACUACAAGGGAAACGCAGUUCAUUCUUUUGACUCUCACAGAGAGGAAAAAGAACCCUGAAAAGAAAAAAACCAAACUUGUAGAAAUCUGUAUGCUCUCUUUUUCUCUCCUUCCCUCACUGGGAAACCUGCAUUUGUACUGCAAUGCUUCAUAACCUUAAUUUCAAAUUUCAAUGACUGUUGGAAUUUAAAAAAAUUUAAUACAAAUCCAGAAUAAUCUCAGAAUGCCCCUUACCAUCCCUUGUCUCACCACAUGUAUAUAGGCAUAUCACAUUCAUUCUCUCCUGCUCUUUCAGCUUCCUGAAAAAGUAAGACUGUGAGAGAAAAUUGUCCAACCCUUAAUAUUAAAUUGCUGACUUCUAAUCACAUUGCAUUUUUUCCUCAUUUUUCUAAUUUUUUUAGUUUAAGGUUGUUGAGAUUUCCAACCAGCAAAAAUGCUAAGAAAACUAUUAGCAACAUGCCUUCUUGCCACCUUUUUUAUUGAUAUGUAAUCUAAACCUGUUAGAAUUUAAAUCUGUUUCCUCUUUUUAAUUUUGCUUAGUUAUACCUGUUUCCUGUUUAAUACCUGCAAAGCUUCCUUGCCACCUGUAAUAAUGACCAAUGUUUGAUUUGUAUCUUAUGAGUGCAUCUUAGCAAAGAUAUUUGUCGUAUUGACAGAAACACCAGUGAAAUUUUGAUUUUGAUUGAUGCUUUACUUAUUAUUUUACCAUGAGCUGCAUUUAAUGAAAUAAAUAAACUUGAACUUGUGUUUGUGUUGUUCAA